UUGCAUAACUAUUUUUCUUUUGUAAUAGUCUGAUACAAUGUGUCAACCGGGUUUUACUUAUGUAACUUGAUUUACCCCUUUCAUAACCAUUUUCAACCAAUCAGCAGAGCGCUUUGUUAUCACGUGUUCAUUGUUUAUCUUUUUACAAGAAGGGAAAGUCGCAACAUUUUAACUGCUCGAUUUUACGUAUUUUUCGCUUUAAUACCUCGGAAAAUCCUUACAUUUUUUGAUUUAGCCAUACAACUGAAGACUGUGGGCUAUGUGAUAUACGUUAUUGUUUCACAGUUGCGGUAGAUUCCCAGAAAAGUGAGUUUGUGUUUUGUUGUGAAAUUAGUUAUGUAAGUGUCGUUUUAUUGUGUAAGGGUUCACAUCCGGGCAACGGAGAAGACUGUCACAACAUGGACGAUCGUUGUAUUCUACGUGUAUCUUUGAUUGGACAUUCUUUUAUAAAACGCUUGGGAUAUUACAUGAACAAUUCUAGUGAAUUCGUUAAUUUAAAACUCAAUAACGAACAAUAUUCGGUGUCAGUGAAUGGCCGUGGAGGUCUUAAGUUAAGAGACAGUCGUCUAUUUAGAGAACUGUUGAAUUUUGAUGUGCUCCCCCAUAUUUGCUUUAUGCAGAUAGGUGAGAAUGACAUUCUGCUUAACAGUCCGAACGUUAUAGCAAGAGACAUUUUAUCAUUAGCUUCUUAUAUUCACCUUGGUGUAGGAGUACAAAUUGUUAUAAUUGGUCAGUUGUUUAGACGUAGACCUUGGGCUUCAUCUGAUGACUUUAACGACCGUGUGAUCCACAUAAACAAACUUUUGAUGAGUGAAUGCAAAAACCUGGACAAUAUACACUUUUGGCAUCAUAGAGGCUUUUGGAAAAGCUUGGACUUUUUGAGCAAGGAUGGUGUACAUUUGCGCACUCACUCGGAGCAUCGUGUUGUGACUUCUUCUCCAAUGCAUCGAUUCUGGCGGAGUAUUCGCUCUGCAGUAUUGCACUACCGGCAUAAGACAGAGAUCUACAAUGCCACCAAAACGCAAGACGACACCAGCCAAAAACCCCAAAAAGAGGCAAAAAACCAUCAUUGAGCAGUCUGAAGUGAUACCAGGGCCUACUACAGCCAAUGAGCAGCCUGAAGUGAUACCAGGGCCUAGUACAGCCAUUCAGCACCCUGAAGUGAUACCGGGGCCUGUGUAUGGACAAAUUGAUUACAACAAACUAGCCGAAGCCAUGUUAGCCAUAUCAAAACAAAAACCUGAAAAUUUAAUCGCCACCUCUCAAAACACAACAGAGGACAGACAGAUGCCUGUGAACUUGGAACCUGCCUCCACAUCUCAAAGUGCUGAGCCAGCAACGACUUCCACAUUGGGAACUCUUUUGGAUCAAAUUUUCCUUGGGGACCGCUCUACACACAAGGACUUAAGCCCACUGAGAGGCCUUCAGGAUAGCACCUCACUUGAAUCCCAGUCAAACAGUGGUGCCCAAGGACCUCUUGUCAAUUUGAGCCCAGUCAGUAGGCAAUUGCUGACUUCAUCUCUUUCAUCAGCCACAGCCCUAGCAUAUCGCAAAAGUUGGCAGUAUUUACUGACAUGGAAGCCAGGACUUUCACUUCCAAUAUCUGUGACUGAUGUAUGUAACUUCAUUGGUGUAUUGUUCUCCAAUAAUUACUCCCCCAGUUCUAUUUUAUCUCAUAUGUCGGCUAUCAGUUUUGUUCACAAAGUUGGUAAUAUGUCAGACCCCACUCAAGCAUUUGUGGUUAAGAAAAUUCUUAAAGGCUGUCAAACACUGGGCCCAAGAAAAGACACUCGCUUACCAAUAACUGCACCUAUUCUUCAAAGACUAGUAGAGGCCCUCAAUCACACAGUUAAGCUUUUUUCGCUAAGGCUGCUGUUACGUGCAGUGUUUUUGAUGGCUUUCCAUGCGUUUUUAAGAUUAGGGGAAAUAACAGUGAAAUCUGCAAAGGGUAGUGAUAAAGUUUUGCAAAGGGAAGAUGUUACAUUUGAACACAAAUCAAAUUCGGUUGUAGGAGUUCAAAUCAUUUUGAGAGAAUACAAAACAAACAAACACAACAAACCGUUAGUACUUUACCUGCAAGCAAGUUCAAAUUCCCAAUAUUGUCCAGUUCAGGCAUUGUCUAACUAUGUACAAACUUUCAACCACAAGAAUGGACCUUUGUUUCAAACAAUGGAUGGUACACCUGUGUCUUAUUCAUUAGUAACUUCACAUUUGAAGACGGCAAUACACUUUAUCGGUCUAGAUACAGAUAGCGUUAAAGGUCACAGUUUCAGGAUUGGUGCCGCUACUCAUGCAGCCUCUUUAGGCUAUUCUGAACAAGUUAUUCAAAAAUUAGGCAGGUGGAACUCUGAUGCUUUUCGUCGUUACAUUAGAAUCCAGUCAUUUAAAAUAUAGGCAUUAGUAAAUAUGUGUUGCAAUUCUCAUUGACAUACUCAACUCGAUACUACCAUAAAAAACUUGUCGUGCAUUACAGUACAUGUCAAAAUUUCAAUAUGUUAAUGAUCUAAACUGACUUGAGUAAAUGUAAAUACAGUAGGAACCAAUUCAGUAGUCGUCUGUUGGUUCCAUAUUGAAUCUUUUAAGAUUCAAAGUCUCAAUUACAUUCUCAUAUUGUUGGUCAGAAGUGGUCUGCAGCUAUAGGGCCCAAUUUGCAUGCAGCUUAGCCUAUGUUUCACAUCUUUGUUGACGGGGCAGAAGUCGUCUGCAGUCAACAAGUCCAGUACUAAUAACUUGAACUUCCAUUGUGCCUGUUUAGUUCCGGUAGUCGAAAGAUUAAUGUAUAUUCAUUUUUGAAUGUCUAUUUCAGUAAACAUGCAAAACAGUAAAACAUUUUUAUAGUUAGAAGCCUUUUUCAGCUUUUUUGAUAACAAGUAUUACUUACUGUUAUAUGUAAUAUAUUGUACAUGUAUAUGUAGAUUUAGAAACUUGUCUGAUAUUUAUAUUUAAAAAUUUCUUUUACAUUUCUUAUGGCUUGUAUUUGCGUCUCCUGCCAAGACGCCUUUGGGUGGGUGGAUCCAAUUUGCAAUUGGAUUGUGGCUGUUGUAUUUUCUUUUACCCCUUUUUUGAUAGCAGGCAGCAAUGUAGCACAUUUAUUUUCAUGUAUAUUUAUAAUUUUUUAUGUUUCGUAGGGGGUCAACUAAGAUACAUGUAUACUACAUGUAUACAUGCCAAUGUUUUUUCCAUGUUUUGUUUUCUUAAUUAGUCUACUGGUUGUUCCCCCUUUUUUCUAGGUAUAACAUUUACAAUGACAUUAUGGUGCUGGGGGUCAGAUUGUGCAAUAUUGUGAUAAAGAUAUGUUAUAUUUUAUAUUUAAGUCCCCCUUUCUGACCCCCUGUCUUGUAUUGUAAAUAUGUUUUUACUAAUUUUACGUCAUUUACUUCAAUAAAUGACAUUUUAUCACUUCAAUAAUGUUGUUUGUUUUUGCCUGCUUUAACCAAAAAACAAGCCCAGGCCAGUUGUCUGGCAGGAGAACUAAGGAACAUAAAUAAGUUAUUAUUGUAAAUAAUGACCUUUAUGUGACAUGUUCUUGUAUAUUUCUUCAUAUUAAGUUCUUGCAUAACUAUUUUUCUUUUGUAAUAGUCUUAUACAAUGUGUCAACCGGGUUUUACUUAUGUAACUUGAUUUACCCCUUUCAUAACCAUUUUCAACCAAUCAGCAGAGCGCUUUGUUAUCACGUGUUCAUUGUUUAUCUUUUUACAAGAAGGGAAAGUCGCAACAUUUAAAUGCUCGAUUUUACGUACCCACCAUCCACCCCUUCUUCCACCGUUGUAUUUUCUUUUACCCACCUUUUUUGAUAGCAGGCAGCAAUGUAGCACAGUUAUUUUCAUGUAUAUUUAUAAUUUUUUAUGUUUUGUAGGGGGUCAACACAGAUACAUGUAUACUAUACAUGCCAAUGUUUUUCCAUGUUUUGUUUUCUUAAUUAGUCUACUGGUUGUUCCCCCUUUUUUCUAUGUAUAACAUUUACAAUGACAUUAUGGUGCUGGGGGUCAGAUUGUGCAAUAUUGUGAUAAAGAUAUGUUAUAUUUUAUAUUUAAGUCCCCCUUUCUGACCCCCUGUCUUGUAUUGUAAAUAUGUUUUUACUAAUUUUACGUCAUUUACUUCAAUAAAUGACAUUUUUUCACUUCAAUAAUGUUGUUUGUAUUUGCCUGCUUUAACCAAAAAACAAGCCCAGUUGUCUGGCAGGAGAACUAAGGAA